GCGCGCCACAGAAGAUGGUGCGCGCUCCCGCUGCGCGGUCAGCUCAGCUCGUUGAAGCAGGCAGCGAAGAGCGCGCGGCCCCCACAGACACCGAACAUGGCGAUGAGAGCAGCGCUGCGGUGCCUCUCUGCAAACUUUUCGCCCAGGCUGCCUCCACUGUCGUCACCGGCGCAGGUUUCAGCGACGCGGCUGCUGUGGAGUAGCUGCUCCCGGCGGACUCUGACCACCACACCGGCACGGUACACAGCCCUAAAGUUCACUGAGAAACACGAGUGGGUGCGGGUGGAGGGUGGAACCGGCACUGUUGGUAUCAGCAGUUAUGCCCAGGAAGCAUUAGGUGAUGUGGUCUACUGUGGACUCCCAGAAGUUGGUCAAAGGUUUGAUAAAAUGGAUGAGUUCGGUGCUUUAGAAAGUGUAAAGGCUGCCAGUGAGCUAUACUCACCGCUGACAGGAGAAGUGACUGAGAUCAACACAGAGCUGGCAGAAAAUCCUGGACUCGUGAACAAAGCUUGCUACGCAGAAGGGUGGCUAAUAAAGAUGACGAUUGAAAAACCUGAAGAACUGGACGAACUUAUGGAUCAAGCAGCUUAUGAUACAUUUCUUAAAUCAUUGGAAGAAUAAAUCAACAAACUAAAUGUAAUGAUCUGUUAUGUGAUUGCUGUAAAAGAUUAGUAACUAACAUCUAGUGUAACCUUUAUCUUCUUCUGAUGGUAUUUAUUUUAAUACUAAAUAUUGUUUUAGUAAAACUUAAAGACUUGUUAGGAUUUGUUUAACCACUGGUAAAACUUAAACAGCUCUUGUGCUAAAAAUCUGUCAUGAGUAUCAGGUCAUGUUUGUGGUGCUUUUUUUUACAUCGUAAAAUGUGCACAGGCGCGAUGAAAUGACGGACAUGACUGUCAAAAUCGUUUAAUAAAACAUUUUUUUGGGUCUUUAA